GUCAAUAAUUGUGAGAUAUAAGAUACUUUAAAGUCUUACUUGCAAGAUACUGCGCAUCACGGCUAUAUUGUUUCUUUGAUGCUUCAGUAAUGCCAAGAGAAAUAAUUACGGUCCAGGCCGGCCAGUGCGGCAACAGCAUUGGUAGUCAAUUUUGGCAGCAAUUGUGUCAGGAACAUGGCAUAAGUCAAGAUGGCAAUCUUGAGGAAUUUGCGACGGAGGGAGGAGACAGAAAGGAUGUGUUUUUCUACCAGUCGGACGACACACGAUAUAUCCCCCGGGCUAUUUUGAUCGACUUAGAGCCCCGUGUCCUCAAUGGUAUCCAAACCGGUCCAUACAAAAACAUCUACAAUCCCGAGAACUUUUUUGUUGGAAAGAAUGGUUCAGGUGCCGCGAACAACUGGGGAGAUGGAUACCAAACGGGCGAAUCUGUGCAUGAGGAAAUUAUGGAAAUGCUUGAUCGAGAGGCCGACGGUAGUGACUCGCUUGAGGGCUUCAUGAUGUUACACUCUAUAGCAGGUGGUACUGGUUCUGGGCUGGGAUCUUUUCUGCUCGAAAGACUGAAUGAUCGCUUCCCCAAGAAGAUUAUACAAACAUACUCCGUAUUCCCAGACACUACCAAUUCUGGCGACGUUGUUGUACAUCCAUAUAACAGUUUACUAUCUAUGCGAAGAUUAACACAAAAUGCCGACUCAGUUGUUGUGCUUGACAAUGGAGCUCUGUCUAGGAUCGCUGCGGAUAGAUUACAUGUCCAAGAGCCUUCGUUCCAACAAACUAAUCAGCUGGUUUCUACCGUUAUGUCAGCUAGUACCACCACACUUAGAUACCCAGGAUAUAUGCACAAUGAUCUUGUUAGCAUAGUCGCCUCGCUCAUCCCGACUCCUCGUUGUCAUUUCUUAAUGACGGCCUAUACUCCAUUCACAGGAAACAAUGUUGAACAGGCGAAGACUGUACGGAAAACCACAGUCUUGGAUGUCAUGCGAAGACUGUUACAGCCAAAGAACCGCAUGGUCUCUACAAUUCCUGGCAAGAAGAGUUGUUACAUCUCCAUAUUGAACGUCAUUCAAGGAGACGUUGAUCCCACCGAUGUCCAUAAAAGUCUUCUUCGAAUUCGGGAGCGACGACUUGCAACAUUCAUUCCAUGGGGCCCAGCAAGUAUUCAAGUUGCAUUGACCAAGAAAAGUCCAUAUAUACCCAUGAAUCACAGAGUCAGCGGGCUUAUGCUGGCGAAUCACACAAGUAUAGCAACACUUUUUAAACGUAUCGUGAGACAAUACGAUGGAAUGCGCAAGCGUAAUGCCUUCAUGGAAGGUUACAAGAAAACUGCACCUUUUGCUGACAAUCUCAAUGAAUUUGAUGAAGCAAGGGAAGUAGUAACAGAUCUAAUCGCAGAGUAUGAAGCUGCAGAAGACGCAGAUUAUCUUAGCCCUGAUGCUGGAAAUACUGCUCCAGCAGGAGAGGCAAGUGAUAGAAGGCUUCCUUAAUUGUCUGCACAAUUACAGCAGAUGCGUAUGGUAGCAUUGUUGGAGUCGAGGAUUAGGAUUUAGGAUGGUACGGGCUGAGGUACAUCGAGUGUUCAAUCUACUGGCGCCUAGUUAUUGAGGACAUUGCAAUUGGCGUUUUUCAAGGAUGAUUAAUGAUACCAAGUUAUGAAGAAGUUUCUAAUUAUUUUUUUUCAUAACUCUUUUUUACCAUCGAGAUUUCCAUCUGGGAUCGAAUUCUACCAAUUCAAAUAAUUCA